AGUUUGGAUCGGGCGGAACACGAGUCGCGAUCCCGGCUCAAGGUACUCCAGUUCUGGGGAUUGUAUUCAAAAGACGAUCCUCGCCCGUAAUACCACCAGCACGUCCCCCUCAGCCGCCAUAAGUCCACCUCCCUCAAGCAGCGAGGCCACAAUGGCGACAGUGUCGUCAACCUCGACGAUCCAGCUCCGGAACUUGGAGCGGCCGCCGACGCCCAAGGAUGGCAGCCUCCUCAACACCGAGGGCCACCGCCUCGGGUCCGACGACGACACCACCGGCGGGCUCCCGGCACCCACGACGACGACCACCGUCGUUCAGAGGUGGAAUCAUCCAAGGUCCAACUUGUUCAGGGUUCUCUCGUGCUUCUGGAGCAUGCUCGUUUCGGGAGCCAACGACGCCGCAUACGGCUUUGAUUCCCUAUGUACGUCGCGAAGCGCCCCAGAGACUCAUGUAAACCAUUACUCACAAUCUCCACAGCUAGAGACAUACUACAACCUGACCUACAUCGUCGUCUCCCUCGUCUUCUUGUCCCCCUUUGUCGGCUACGUCCUCUCGGCCCUGCUCAACAACCACAUCCACCUGCGCUGGGGCCAGCGCGGCAUCGCCGUCCUCGCCUCGAUGUGCCAUCUCGUCGCCUACGUCAUCAUCUCCCAGCACCCGCCCUACCCGGCGCUCGUCGUCGUCUUCAUCCUCGCGGGCUUCGGCAACGGCCUGAGCGACGCCGGCUGGAACGCCUACAUUGGCAACAUGGGCCACGCCAGCGAGGUCCUCGGCUUCCUGCACGCCUGCUACGGCGCCGGCGGUGUCAUCAGCCCGCUCAUUGCCACCACCAUGAUCAGCAAGGGCAACCUGGGGUGGUGGACGUUUUACUAUGUCAUGCUCGGCCUCGCCGUCAUCGAACUUGUCUGGUGCACGACCGCCUUCUGGACGCAGACGGGCGCAGUCUACCGCGAGACGGUGAGCCACUCCAACAACGACAGCGGCACGGGCCUGAGGACGGCCCUCUUCAAGCGACCAUACGCGCGCGUCUCGUGGCUCAGCGCAUUCUUCCUCCUUGCUUACGUCGGUACCGAGGUCUCGUUGGGCGGUUGGAUCGUGCAGUUCAUGAUCCAGGUCCGCAAGGCCAACCCCUUCGACUCGGGCAUGACGUCUGUCGGCUUCUGGCUGGGCCUAACGCUCGGCCGCAUCGUGCUGGGCUUCGUGACGCCCCGGCUGGGCGUCAAGCUCGCCGUCGCCAUCUACAUCCCCAUCACGAUGGCGCUCGAGCUCGUCUUCUGGCUCGUGCCGCAGUUCUACGUCUCGGCCGUCGCCGUCGCGCUGCAGGGCUUCUUCCUGGGACCCUUCUUCCCGGCCGUCGUCGUGGCGGCGACCAGGCUGCUGCCGAGGCACCUGCACGUCAGCACCAUCGGGUUCGCAGCGGCGUUCGGCGGCAGUGGCGCCGCGAUCCUACCGUUCGCCGUCGGCGCGCUGGCGCAGGCCAAGGGCGUGCAGGUCUUGCAGCCUGUUAUCCUGGCGUUCUUGGGCGUUAUGCUGGGGCUAUGGCUCUGCUUGCCCCGGAUCGGAGAUAAGAAGGAGUAAGUACAGGAGGAGGGGGAGAACUAGUUCGGUCGUAUAUAAUUAGAGGUUUUGGGUAGCAAGAUUUCAAGCUUGCAAUUCGAGCCCAAGUCUGAAUCUUGUGUGAAGAAGCAGACUUUCGUGGCCCGGCCGAGGAAAAAAGCGGCCGCGUAGCAGAGGCAGACGUACUAAAAGAUGGAUUUGCCCUGAGACAGAACCUAAGCAUUCUUUCCCGGUAAAAAGAAAAAAUCCAAGGGGGCAGCAGGACCACAUCAGGGUGGAAGGAAGAAAACAGCUAAAACCUUCAUAAGACUCUUUAAAAACAUAGCCCAACCGGACUUUCUGCCUCUCCCUGAGCAACUCAAGACUCGUGGUUCUCAUUACGGAGCACAAAAGAGUCCUCUUCUCAUUGUGUGUGCAUAUGUAAUGCCGUUUUAGUCCUUGGGAUGAGAGCUCCUUU